AUAAGUUGAGUGGUGUCCACUGAAAUAACACCAGCUUGCAGAAGUUAAAGGCUUCACGUGGAUACAAAGAUGCAGAGUUAUCUUCCUUUAGCCCUCUGCCUGGUUGUCAUGACAACAGUCUGCUGCAGUGACGCUUCAGUCAAACUUCUGGAGAAUUUUCUUGAACGGCUUCAGAGUGCAAGGUUUAGACAGUGCUCAGCGAGGAAAUGGAUCAAAUACAAGAUUGAUGUGGAUAUGACUCUAAAAGUGUGCAAACGUCCUAACUUCUCACCCCCAAGGUUGUCUCGGCGACAGAGUUUCCAGAUCAAAAAACUCUUUCCCGGAAUGUUUCUGUCUUGCCUCCAGUACACAAAACUCACACGGAGAACUGAGUCAUGGAAUAUGAAUGAUGGAGAUAUGUGCUGCCCAACUGUCAAGUCGGAUCCUGUAAAAGAGGAUACUCUAGUAAACGUUUUGGGAGAGACGAAAACACUCGUUCAUCUGGACUCGGUAGACAUGUACCAGUGGAUAACUUAUGGAAGUUGCGCAGAACCAAAAUGUAUCUCUACUGAUGGGACAUGCGUUAUUGAGAAGACUACAAGGUUCCUUUUGGUCUGGGACUUCAGUAACCCAACCUUGCCAUUUUCGUACGACGCUUUCGAAAUUCCUACGUACUGCUCUUGUAAAAAUUUCUGAACUAAUUAUUCGUGAUAUAUAAUAUUAACAGAACGCUUAGCAUGACUAUAGCUUAUACAGUUGAGAAACUCUGUAUGGAUAAGCCCUCACGAUUCUGUAGACGUCCUUAUCAAAGAAAUGGUUACUACAUAUAUAGGGUGUCACCAAGUAUUCCGUUGUAUAAGUCGUUCUGUCAUUAGUGCAACCCGAACAGGGGGAUGUCCUAGCGAAAAAAGUAGUAUUAAUGUGGUUAGCUCGCUGUUACAUGUUGCAUUCCCGACACUCAACACUGUGGCUUGGACUGAGAUUGAUUCAACGCAUAAAGUCUACUUGAUUGGUCAAGUGACUGUAGCCAUGAGAUCUAACAACCUCGUUUCUGAAAACAGCAAAAUGAUGGAUGGAACGCCUCUGGGAAUACCGCUCGGUUUUCUUAGCUUUUCCAGCUCUUCUCUACGUUUGUCGUCAAGAGGAAUAUUAAUUCCUGCGGUAUCCUUUGAAAGUGUGAGGGUUUUUUUUGGUGGCUCAUGACUUUAUUUCAUAAAUCGUACGUACAGGAUUGGGCAUUUUGAAAAGAACAGUUAUGAACAAAGAGCGAAACUCGCCUAAAUCACCACAGAGAACUAUGUAGCUUGGUCGUAACCCGUGCAGCAAAAGUUUCAAAUCUGGUUUGGUCACGUGAGUGUUGUUUAUGAAGGAUGAUAUAGCAAUGGUCAUGAAUGACACAUUGUAAACGUAUAGCCCAUCGCCAUGACAUCCUGCGUCCAGAUUGGUCAAUAGUGAGAUUCGUCAAACCACUUCUUAAAAGAUAGAGUGUCCAUGGUACGAUUUGCUUACUUCAUUGAAUGCUACCACAGGUACAAUAGUCUGUUAUGACAAGUACGCCACAACAAGUUAUACUGAAAACAGUUUUAAUUGUUUCAUACUAAAUUUGUCAGAUCACUUUUACGGCUUAAACCUGCACAUGUGCUUGACCUUUUGUAAGGUGUUUUGUAUCCGUCCGGGAUAAACCCAUAGAUGAAUGUAUUACACUUGUGUAAUCAGCCCACCAGAAUAGAUAUAUAACUAGCCUACAUUUACCUUAACCAACUGAUGUUACAUGAGCUGAUGUAAACAUGGUCUGAAAUCGCUGUGAGUUCAAGUCCAUUUCAUGCUGGCUUCCUCUGCGGCAGUACAUAAGAAGGUCUUCCAGCAACCUACGGAUGGUCAUGGGUUUCUCUCAGGCUCUAUCCGGUUUCCUCCCAUCAUAUUGCUGGCCGCCGUCGUAUAAUUGAUAUAUUCUUGAGUACGGCGAAAAACACCUUUGAAAUAAAUGAAUAAAUAAAGCACUACCUCUGUUAAAUGCCGUCAUUUGUGUAUGUAUAUGUUAUGGCUUUGUGAAUAUUUGGCUGUUAUUUAUUUAAACACAGUUUGUGACAAUGGUAUCAGAAAUAAACAUGGAAGACUUUGUAUUUCCAAGACAUUUUUGUCGACUUGCAUUUUUCUCUGCUUGCUCAACAGUAAUCAUGAUUAGUUCCGUGCCACAAAUUAAAACUUGCUGUUACCAGCUGAAACGACGUGGGAUGACGAGUUCCUCUGACUAUGCUGAGAUUAUCAUUACCACCUAUAGAGUGCUAGGGGCUUAAGAACCCUUAAUGAGGUUCAGUUUUGCCAGUAUCUAUAUAUUUUAAAACAUUACGUGUAUACAAAUAUUGUUUUUCUGUCUAUUUAGGAAGAAGAAAUCUACAAUUUUAAUGUGCUUUUUAUUUCACCGACGUUAUCAUUUACACAAAUGUGCGUAUUAUUGUCACUGUUAUGUCCUGAAACCCAAUACUAAUACAUAGUAUACAUAGCCUAAUAUAUAAUAUUAUUAAGGAGAUGUUAAAUAAGAUUACUGUUUUAAUGAAUGUAUCACUAUAUGUCCAGUUAUGGAUUUAUCACUGUAUGUCUGUUAAUAAAAUCGUCAUGCAAUGUAUGUUAUAUUCACGUGUAAUCCAGACACACACGUAUAUACACAAUGUGUGUAUAUGUUUAACAGUGUGUACAGGUGCAGGGCGAGUCACUAGAGGACGCAAUCUGCCAGUUAGGUAUCAUUGCGUUUUAUGACCAUGGGGGCCAGUUAGGAACAAUGCACGCCGGCUGACUUCCUGAAGUAAUCUUGAAAGAAGAUUUUAUCUUGCCACCUGGACGGCUGGGAAUUGCUGGGUAGCAUAUAAACCCAAAAUCUGAGUGGCAUGCCAUAUCUGCCUUGUCUGCUACGCCAGAAAUACAUGCUAUUCCAACGAUUCCUGUGUUGUUCAGGUAAGUCAUUUAUAGUUAGUUGCGUGUGCUUUUGAUCUCAAGUAGACGGUUCCUGUAUAAGAUGGGUAGAUAUUGUAAAAUGAAUUUAAAUGCAUACGACAUA